AACACGUGACAUGCGCUGAGAGUGGCGGUUCAGCUCAUUUACUUCCUCAUCUGAAUGUUUCGUCGCAGCGGGGAGCCUUUCUUUCUCCGCUUUGAAAACCUUUCACCUGAUUAACUUGUUUUAUCAACACUUUAACCUCAGUUUCUUCCCUUAUAUUUAUACUUUCAUAACUUUUUGCCGUAUGGGACAGAACGUAUUUUCUCCUGUCUACUAUGGAUGAGGAGAUAGAGGAGGAGGGUCCUACCUCUAAGACCGCUCUAUCUGGGGAACAUGGCCGCCGGAGCAAAGCUAAGAGAAGGAGGCAGCAGAGAGCAGACUCCCCUGGACCCAGCUGUGUCUCCAUGAAGAGUGACUGGUCUAUGGGUAAACCUGAAAACUUCAAAGAUGGAAAUCAGUCUAUUGAGAAGAGAAGAGUCCAGAAGCAGCAGCAGAGAGCAGACUCCCCUGGACCCAGCUGUGUCUCCAUGAAGAGUGACUGGUCUAUAGAUCAACCUUUGAACUUUAAAGAUGGAAAUCACCAACCUUCUAAGGAAAGAAGGAGGCAGGAGAGAGCAGACCCCCCUGGACCCAGCUGUGUCUCCAUGAAGAGUGACUGGUCUAUGGGUAUACCUCCUGGGCUUAAAGAUGGACGGCCCUCCAGAGAGGAGAGACGGAGGCAGGAGAGAGCAGACUCCCCUGGACCCAGCUGUGUCUCCAUGAAGAGUGACCGCUCUAUGGGUCUACCUGAAAACUUCAAAGAUGGAAAUCAGUCUAUUGAGAAGAGAAGAGUCCAGCAGCAGAGAGAAGACUCCCCUGGACCCACCUGUGUCUCCAUGAAGAGUGACUGGUCUAUGGAUAAUCCUCCUGUCCAGUUUAAAGAUGGAAAUCACCAACCAACUAGGGAAAGACGGAGGCAGCAGAGAGCAGACUCCCCUGGAACCAGCUGUGUCUCCAUGAAGAGUAACCACUCUAUGGGUCUACCUGAGAACUUUAAAGAUGGAAAUCCGUUGAUUGAGAAAAGAAGAGUCCAGCAGCAGAGAGCAGACUCCCCUGGACCCAGCUGUGUCUCCUUGAAGAGUGACUGCUCUAUUGGUAGAAUUAUUAACUUUAAAGAUGGACGUCCCUCCAGAGAGGAGAGAAGGAGGCAGGAGAGAGCAGACUCACCUGGACCCAGCUGUGUCUCCAUGAAGAGUGACAGGUCUAUGGGUAUACCUCCUGAGCUUAAAGAUGGACGGCCCUCCAGAGUGGAGAGACACCAUGAGAGGUCAAAGGUCACCAGUGCUCAGUCUGUACAGCAGCAUCAAACAGAGCUGGAGAUGAACCAGGAGGAACUGGCUGACACACUGGGGGGCAGAUUUAAUGCUGUUGAGUGCCAAAAUAAAAUCAAGUCUCGUUUGACGAAGAAGUUCAGGUGUGUGUUUGAGGGAAUCGCUAAAGCAGGACAGCCGACAUAUCUGAAUGACUUCUACACAGAGAUCUUCAUCACAGAGAGAGACGGUGGAGAGGUGAACAAGGAACAUGAGAUCAGACUGAUUGAAACAGCUUCCAGGAAACCAGCCAUGGAGGAAACACCAAUCAGAUGUGAGGACAUCUUUAAACCCUUACCUGGAGAAGAUCAACCAAUCAGAACAAUGAUGACAACUGGAGUGGCCGGCAUUGGUAAAACUGUGUUAACACACAAGUUCACUCUGGACUGGGCUGAAGGCAAAACCAAUCACGACAUACACUUCACAUUUCUCCUCACUUUCAGAGAGUUGAAUUUACUGGAAGGGAAAGAGUUUAGCUUGAUGGAACUGCUUCAUCACUUCUUUAUUGAGACCAAAGAAGCAGGAAUCUGCAGAUUCCACCGGUUCCAAGUUGUCUUCAUCUUGGAUGGUCUGGAUGAGUGUCGACUUCCUCUGGACUUCCAGAAAAAACGGAUCUGGACUGAUGUCACAAAGUCCACCACGGUGGACGUGCUGCUGACAAACCUCAUCAGGGGCGACCUGCUUCCCUCCGCUCGCAUCUGGAUAACCACACGCCCUGCGGCAGCCAACCAGAUCCCUGCUGUGUGUGUUGACAUGGUGACAGAGGUGAGGGGGUUCACCGACCAACAGAAGGAGGAGUACUUCAGGAAGAGAUUCACAAAGGAGACAAUGGCCAACGCAAUCAUCUCCCACAUCAAGAAAUCACGAAGCCUCCACAUCAUGUGUCACAUCCCAGUCUUCUGUUGGAUCACUGCUACAGUUCUGGAGGACUUCUUCAAAACAUCCCAGAUAGGAGAAGAGAUGCCCAAGACCGUGACUCAGAUGUACAGCCACUUCCUAAGGGUUCAGUCCAUACAGGGGGACAGGAAGUACCGUGGGAGAUCUGAAACAGAUCCACACUGGAGUUCAGUCAGCAGGAAGAACAUUGUUUCUCUGGGAAAACUGGCUUUUAACCAGCUGGAGAAAGGCCACCUGAUCUUCUACGAGGCAGACCUGGCAGAGUGUGACAUCGAUAUCAGAGCAGCCUCAGUGUACUCAGGAGUGUUCACCCAGAUUUUUAAAGAGGAGUGUGGGCUUUACCAGGACAAAGUGUUCUGCUUUGUCCAUCUGAGCAUCCAGGAGUUUCUGGCUGCCCUUUAUGUUUUUCAUUCCUUCAUCAACACUGGGGUCAAUCUGCUCUCAGAAGAACACCCAACCUCCAGGAAAGUUAAACUUGUCCUCUACAAGAGUGCUGUGGACAAGGCCUUACAGAGUGAGAACGGACACCUGGACUUGUUCCUCCGCUUCCUCCUGGGCCUCUCUCUGGAGACCAAUCAGAUUCUUCUUCGAAGUCUGCUGGGAAAGACAGGAAGUAGAUCACUGACCCCUCGGAUUAAACAAGGUCUGCUGGGACAAAAAGAAAGGGGCUCACAGACCAAUGAGAAAACAGUGUCUUACAUCAAGAAAAAGCUAGAGGAAGAUAUCUGUCCAGAAAGAAGCAUUAAUCUGUUCCACUGUCUUAAUGAGCUGAACAAUCGUUCACUAGUGGAGGAGAUCCAACAGUCCCUGACAUCAGGAACACUCUCUAAAGGAUCUCUCUCUCCUGCUCAGUGGUCAGCUCUGGUCUUCAUCUUACUGUCAUCAGAAGAGGAGCUGGACGUGUUUGACCUGAAGAAAUACACUGCUUCAGAGGAGGGUCUUCUGAGGCUGCUGCCAGUAUUCAAAGCCUCCAAAACGUAUCUGCUUAAUGGCUGUCAGCUGUCAGAGAGAUGCUGUGAAGCUCUGGCCUCCGUUCUCAGCUCCAACUCCUCUAGUCUGAGAGAGCUGGAACUGAGUACCAAUUAUCUGCAGGAUUCAGGAGUGAAGCUGCUCUCUGCUGGACUGGGGAGUCCACACUGUACACUGGAAACUCUCAGGCUUAAUGGCUGUCAUCUGUCAGAGACAUGCUGUGAAGCUCUGGCCUCGGUUCUCAGCUCCAACUCCUCUAGCCUGAGAGAGCUGGACCUGAGUACCAAUGAUCUGCAGGAUUCAGGAGUGAAGCUGCUCUCUGCUGGACUGGGGAGUCCACACUGUACACUGGAAACUCUCAGCUUGUCAGGCUGCCUGGUCACACAGGAAGGCUGUGCUUCUCUGGCCUCAGCUCUGAGCUCCAACCCCUCCCAUCUGAAAGAGCUGGACCUGAGCUACAAUCACCCAGGAGACUCUGGAGCUGCGCUGCUCUCUGCUGGACUGGAGGAUUCACGCUGGAGACUGGACACUCUCAGUGUGGAGCACGGUGGAGUGUGGAGGCUGAAACCAGCUCUAAAGAAGUGUAAGUGUCUGUUUGAUUCAUCCCAUGACACACACACUAUUGAGAUGGAAAGUCCAUCCACACAGCAGGAAGUGAGGUCACAUCCUACUGGGAAUGAAGAUGAUGGCUGACAUCAUGUAUCUUACGUAUAUUAAUACUGUCCACCAUCACAGUUAGA